UACGAGUGCCGCGAGCGCAGGAUUGGUUACUCUGCCACUUAUCAGCUGACUUGCGACUACUCGACUCGCAUAAUUAUCGUUAAAUCGCGUUCAGUUGCGAUCUGUUCAUUUAGUUGUUGAGCCACAGUUCAACUCUAUGUGAUCUGAACUUCUAAGCCGUCUCAGACCAUAUGUACACAUGUCUACUUCGCAUUUGCACGCAUGACAUGAUUUAUAGUAUUGUGAUAACGUGUUUUACUGGCCGAAGUUAUUUAACGAAAAGCUUGUUUGAUUGAAGUCAGAACAAAUGACUAUCAAAAUGUUAAAUAUAGUGUUGUUAAAUUAGUGUGUGAAAAUACAGCAAAAGAAUUUUAAUUUCGUUAUGGUGUGCAUGUUUCACAAUGAUGACACCUAUUGAGGAGAAAAAAGAUGAGAAAAUCCGCAUGGGCAUGGUGCAGGUGUCAGACGGCAAGUCGCGGCCGCGGCCCGCGCGGCUCGUCCUCACCAUGGAUGCGGUGACGGUGCAGCGCCCAGCGCCCGCGCCCGCCCCGCCGCCCGACCGCACCGUGCCACACGCCAGGGAGCGCAUGGUGCAGAUCACGCGGCAAAAGGUGGGGGGCCUGGGGCUGAGCAUCAAGGGUGGCGCGGAGCACAAGCUGCCCAUACUCAUCUCUAAGAUAUACAAGGACCAGGCCGCAGACCAAACGGGACAGCUGUUCGUCGGCGAUGCUGUCAUUAAAGUGAACGGGGAGUACAUAACGGCGUGCAACCACGACGACGCCGUCAACAUCCUGCGCAAUGCCGGCGACAUCGUCGUCCUCACCGUGAAGCACUACCGCGCCGCCACGCCCUUCCUGCAGAAACAAGCGGAGGCGGCGUCGGACACCGACAGCAGCACCGGCGACGAGCACCCCUCCCACCACAACCACCACAAUCACCACGCGAAUACUCUCGACGACAACUGCAACUCCGAGCGCGCCGCGGACGACGCCGGCUGGCAGAGUGCUUGGAGCGCGGAGGAGGGCAGUCGGCCAGCGUCCCGCCCUCCGUCCGCCGCCUCCGCGCACACGCCGCUCGCACACGCGCCCCACCCGCACACCGCGCAGCACAACGCGCAGGACGACACGCACUGGGUCGACGUCGUCUCUGUUCCGUUAAUGAUGGCGUACGUCACCAGAUACGUGCCGGGGACGGACAAGCUGAGGCCGGGAGCUUUCGAGGUGCGGGGGGCGCGCGCGCACGUGACGACGGGCGUGGUGCACGCGGAGGACCCCGCCGCGCUCUCGCAGUGGCUCAAGAGCAUCUCCGACAACAUCGUGGGCCUCACCAACCUGCAGAUGAAGCUGUUCAACCGGCACCUGGCGGGCGGCGAGCGCAUCGAGUACAUGGGCUGGGUGCACGAGGGCGUGGUCAGCGCCGCGCAGCCCUGGCAGACCUACCGCCCCAAGUUCCUCCUCCUCAAGGGAACCGACGUCAUGCUCUUCGACGUGCCCCCGAUGAACAUAACGGAGCUGGCGAAGUGCCCGGAGACGCUGAAGGUGUACCAGACGAUGUUCCGCACGGUGAAGGAGAGCGAGACGGUGGACUGGCGCCAGCACUGCUUCCUGGUGCAGGCCAGCGGCGCGGGGCCCGGCGCUGCGCCCGCCGGGCCGCGCUACUUCAGCGCCGACACGCGCCGCGACCUGCUGCGCGUCGAGGCCGCCUGGACCCACAACAUCGUCAACUCCGUCGUGCGUCUCGGGAAGAAGACGUUCACGGUGGUGCACGGCGGGCGCGCGGCGGGGCUCACGCUGGACUGGGCGAGCGGGUUCUCGCUGAGCGAGGGCACGCCCGGCGCGCCGCCCGUCUGGUCAUACAGGUUUUCACAGUUGAGAGGUUCGAGCGACGAUGGCAAAUCAAAGUUGAAACUGCAUUUCCAGGACACGGAGACCAAGGUUAUCGAGACUAAGGAGCUGGAGUGCCAGAUCCUGCAGAGCCUCCUGUUCUGCAUGCACGCCUUCCUCACGGCCAAGGUGGCCUCCGUGGACCCGGCCUUCCUCGCCUCCAUACAUCAGUCCAAUUGAUGCUGCGAUGCGAUGCGAUGCGAUGCGAUGCGAUCUCCGGAACGCGUCGGUUACUUUCAUUUGUCAACUGGUGUAUGUAUGUAUGUAUGUAUGUAUAACAACUCUAUGCAUUACGUAAUACAAUCCAAUUUUGAUUGAGUAAUUUAUCAUUAAGCUUAUUUAAAAAGGAUUUGCUCAUGUUUUAAAUGUUAUUAUAUAGAAAUGUUGUGAAAGAUUUUUAUUGGAGGUUAGUUUUCCGUAUGACUAAUGUUUGAGGUUUAUAUAAUAGUUGUAAAUGUUUAAUGUGUAUAAUAUUUUAUUUAAUAUUCAUUAAUAUGAUCCGGUUAAGUAACGUACAAUAAGUUCUUAAACUUUUAAUCUCAUCUAUCGAUCGAUCGAUCUAAAAGUUGACUUUAGUAAAAUGUAAAACGGCAUAUUGCAGGAAUGUGUUGUGUUGCGAAGGCCUAACACAGAUGGAAGCAGCGAAUUUAAAUCUAUGUUUAUAUUCCUUGUUUAAUUUUACAUUAGUUACAUUUGUAAAUAAUUUUUGGUUAGAAAUGUGUGUUCAAACUACUCUUUUAUAUUUGACUGGAGUCAGAUAGUCUUCCUCUAAAUGUUCUAACAAGGAUCUCAUUAUUUAUGUAGCUAUUGUUUAUCUUGUGUUUCCGAUGUGUUUUAAGUUUCUUGUAAAACACCAAGUGGUUAAUGAGGUGUUUUUUUUUUCACGAAUCUGAAUUUUUAUCACUUGUACUAUUUAAAAAAUAGUUUGAAAUUACCAGAUAGUUCUUAAUUAUUUGAAAAAAUCAAUUUCUUAAUGUUCUCGAAAACAAAUAGAAAAAGAAGCGAACGUUAAAAGUAAAUUUAAUGUAACAAAAUGUCGUAGAACUACAAUAUUGAAGUGCAUAGCAAAUCGAGGAGUCGCGUGAAUCUUAUUUUGUUUAGAGUUGUACUAGCGCGUAGUGAUAGUGACAGAGAUGCGUGUUGCGUGUUGCGUGGUGCGUGGUGCGUGUGCAGCAUCCCCCGCACUCUGUCGCGUCCUGCUCGAAGGACUUGGAACAGUGUGAGCACAACAUAACACAAGUCACGUGAACGCGUCUUUGUGUAUUUGUACGUGUCACGUCUUCUAUUAUAUUUAUAAUUAUUCUCACUCACAAUGUCGUCUACAAAUUAGAUUUUCUUAUAGAAACUAUUUUUAUUUUUAUUAAAUCUCAAAAAAAAAAUAUAAGUUUUACCGACUGAUUGCACCAAAGAUUAUAAGUAUUUUAUUAUUCUUGUAUUUCUAAGAGUUUCGCUUUUUCUUUAGAUUUAGUAAUAAUUAAUAUGUAAUUUGCAUUUAUUUAUAUAGCGUUUACUAAAUAUGUUGUUACCUUUACUCCUGUUAGGCUUUCAUUUAAAUAUAUAUUUGACAAUGCUCCUACCUUCGUAUACGUUUAGGCCAUUACAAAUUCGUCGUGAAGUAGAUCGUAUUUGUCAUUGUACAGUGGAAUGUAAUGUACCCA